CGCGCAUACUCUCGACUAUGUAUUAACAAAGGCUUUCUAAUAUUACGUAGCCCACCGAGGCUUAGCCGUAAUACGGAUCGUUGGGUCAAGAUACCUAGAUACACCACGGGAGAUCCCAGGCUCUACUGACUCUGAUCUGCGCAAGGAUUAGCGACUCGGAUAUAUCCCUCCGUCCUCAGUUCCGAUUCUCCAUAGUCAAUUGAUUAUCAUGGAUAGAGGUAGCUAGCGGUAGAUCUGCUCAACUGCUGCAUGGAUCCCAGCCUUCUGCGACGGGUCCAAUCAGGCAGGGUUUAACCGACCACUCAGCGUGCGCGUCAGAAUGAAAGUUAAUGGAAACUAGAUUCCACACCAGGACGGCACUUCGAUUCCUCGUGGCGCGCACCUCUAUAUCUCCGAUCGAUACUUGGAUUUCUUGAAGCUCCGGUCGAAGCCGCCACAGCUUUUGCACUGCCCUACGAUGCGACUUCACACUAGGACUGCAGCCCUAGCGGGCUUCAUCCUCGGCCUCGCACCCAUCAUCAACGCUGUUCCAAAUGUCACAGCAGUACCACUCCUAAUCGACUGCUCGCCCUACCCGGCGUACAACCCCGCCACCUCGCAAGCCGGCCCCUUCACCGUCAUCGCCGACUCCACCGGCUCCUCGAUCGACGGCUUAAGCGUGAGCGCCGAGAGCUUCACAAACAAUGGCGUAGACCGAUACGGAUUCAUAACACUCCCGAAACAAAACCCCUUCGCCACCGCACCUAACAUAACCCUCCGCUGCCUCUCCCACACCCUGCAAGCCCGCAUCCCCAGCGGCCCCUUCGGCAACGCCACAACCUGGGUCGACCUCGCUAUUGCACCGCAGGAAAACUGGCAGGCGUCGCUCAGCUUCGGGCUCACGAGCGUCGAGACACCCGGCAUACCGGUCGAGCCGUAUGCGCAUUACAUCAAUGGGACGAGGCUGCCGGGAGUGUUUCUGGGCGCGAAGGGGACGACGAAAUGGUUUUUCAAGUAUAAUUGGGGUGGGAACGCGGGAGAGUAUUACUUGUUGAGGCUGAUGAGUGGAGUCUGGGGGGAGGGAGGGAUGCGGAAGCGGCAGCAGCUUCCAAUGCCUGAUGAUAGGAAUUGGGAAGGAUUCUUGAGGGUCGCCUGAUGGAGAGUGAC